GACCCGCAAACGCAGAAUAGCCAUCAGUCAAGAUUAUUUAUCUGGUGGAUGUUACUUGUGUGGCGCCUCGAUGUCCUCCGGAUACAGGCAAGCUCAACCGCCACAUUCCUCUCAAUCAGUGUUGACUGAUGUUCCCGCGGCACCACCGAAAGCUACCGAGCUCACACAUUCCUGUGGUAUUUGGUUGAUGGUUUCAUGUCGACCAAAUACUAAGUCUAGAGCCUAAGCUACGUGGAAAGGGAAGCAUGGAAGGCUUAAGAAGACCGGGUUCCUCCUAAGGGGAAUAGCGACAAAGCUUCACAACAUUGUCAAUUACUUUCCUUAUGCACAAUGCGUUCUUUUGCUUUGGUGUCAACUUUGCUCACUGCUCUUGCAGCAGUUUCUACUGGAUCAUUUCUAUCUCCUCGAAGAGAAUUAUCACUAUGUCUCUGUGAAGACGAAGCCUGGGAUAUUACCAGGCAGUGGCUCGGCAUCUUCUCAACCCCCGGCGUUUCUAGCAAGGCGGAGCUGGCCACAAUCGUUUCUCAAAACCUCACAAGCUACGACGACACGUUCGGUUCUCCAACUAUCGGUAUUGAUCAACUCUGGGCCGCCCUUACAGCAGGCGGCAACGCCACAACAGCCAACGUGACGCAGGCGCCCAACUUUCUGCUUCAUACUUGCGACCAAAUUGCGUACAACUGGCAGUACACAGCCGUGACAACUGGCUACAACUCAACGGUACCGGUGGGAACUCCAGUUACUUUUACCGGGAAUGAUAUUAUACGAGUGGAUCUGGCGACCAGGCUGGUGUCGAACGCCACGUCUGCUGGCAACUGGAUUCUGCUCGCUCGCCAACUGGGAGAUUCAUGUAAUGUUUGAUGAAGUUCCUUUCAUCGGCCUGAGAGAACUCUCCAUUUCUGUCAAACAACCCUCCCAUGUUCCGAGAGACUGAUUUUGUUUUCGUCGCGCUUGAUGCUUGAAAUUCAAGUAAUCUUGCAAAACGACAAACCUUUCAUCUUAUUAAGAUAAGAUAAGAACCGGGCCUGAUUGUCCGAAAUAUGUAU